UGCAUGUGGGGAGGUUUGUGAGAACAGACACCAAAGACCCACUUUCCAAGAGAAAGAAAGAACAUCUGCAAAAAGAUGCUGUUGUUGCAACUGGUGUUGCUCACGGUUCUCGUCCCAGGUGGUGAGGAUGUGGCCCUGCCUGGUCGGUGCAAGAGUGUUUGUCUACAUUUGUGUGAUGUGUGUCAUGUGUGCACAUAUGUUGUUGUGUACCUGUGUGCAUGUGUGUAUAUGUGUGUGAGUAUGUGUGUAUAGGUGCCUGUGUGUGUACCUCUGUGUGUUUCUGCCGUGUGUGCACGUGUGUGGGUGGGUGUCUGUAGGUCUGUGUUUGCGUCUGUGUCUAUGUGCGUGCAUAUCACGUGUAACUCUGGAUGUGUGUGUAUGUGUGUGCAUUGGUGUCUGUGUGCGUGUGCACACAUGGUGUGGGUUCCCCAGAACAUUCCUGGGGAGUGAGGCAUGUCCACCUGGUUCCUCCCUGAGCCUCCCUGACCCCAGGGCCUUGUGCUCUUCUGAAUGAUGGGUGCCAAGCUCGGGGCUCUGGGGCAGCACGCGUCUCCAGAGGGAACUACGGCUCCCUGUCCUCCAGAUUUCGGUGCCCCUCCCUGGCCCCUUUUGCUGAUUCUCUCUCCUUCCCUCUGCCCUCCUCUUCCUCAGUCUGUCUGUUCUUCUGGCACAGACUUCCAGGAGCCAAUCACUUUUCGAAUCAUCCAGACCUCAUCUUUUUACAACCGUGCCCGGGCACAAAAUCAGGGUUCAGCUUGGCUGGGACAGCUGCAGACUCAUGGCUGGGACAGCAAGACCGGAGCUUUCAUUUUCCUGCGGCCUUGGUCCAGGGGCAACUUCAGCAACGAGAAGUUCAUGGAACUGGAAAAGUUAUUCUAUUCAUACUCCAUUAGAUUUCUUCAGGUAUUUCAGGACCAUGUCAGUCAAUGGCAGCUUGAAUAUCCGUUUCAGGUCCAGCUGGAAGGAGGCUGUGAGCUGCACCUUGGAGAAGUAUCAGUAGGAUUUGUGCAUAUUGGAUAUCAAGGAUCAGAUCUCAUGAGCUUCCAGAACAUGUCAUGGUGGCCAUCUCCAAAGGGAGGCAGAAGGACCGAAGAAGUCUGCACACUAUUCAAUCGGUUCUAUGUGAUCAAUGAAAUUAUACACACGCUUCUCAGUGAUACCUGCCCUCAGUUCCUCUUGGGUCUUCUUGAUGCAGGAAAGGCAUAUCUCAAGCGACAAGUGAGGCCCGAGGCCUGGCUGUCCACUGGCCCCAGUCCAGGGCCUGGCCGUCUGCUCCUUGUGUGCCACGUCUCUGGCUUCUACCCAAAGCCAGUGUGGGUGACGUGGAUGCGGGGUAAGCAGGAGCACCAGGGCACCCGACGAGGCGAGGUCUUGCCCCAUGCUGACGGGACAUGGUAUCUUCAGACAUCCUUGGAUGUGGAAGCCAGGGAGACAGCCGGCCUCUCUUGCCGAGUGAGACACAGCAGUCUAGGAGGCCAGGAUAUUGUCCUCUACUGGGAGCAGCACCGCUCCGUGGGCUUGGUCUUCCUGGCGGUGGUCGUGCCCCUGGUGCUUCUGGCAGGUCUUGCGUUCUGGCUCUGGAAGCGCUGGAAAUCACACUGGAGACCUCAGUGCACUGGCCUCCCUUUGGAGAGAGAUCCCAGCAGCCCCGGUUCCAGCACUUACCUAAACCCAGCUCAGUGGUGAUGGAUUUGCAAGUCUCUGUGUGCAACUUUUGUCUUUCCUUUCUGCUCGAUGAUCAGUUGUCAAUAUCGGCCAAGAAUAAUUUAGCGGGCUUUGUUGUUCUCACCUGAUUCUUGGAGUUAAAUUCUACAUUUUCUCCAAGUAAAAUGAAGCCUGAGAACCUCCCUGGGUUACAGGCAUCAGAUGCCACUUCCUCCUGGGAGCCCUCCCUGAUUUUCAAGGGGAAGCAGUCUCUGCCUGCUGAGAAUUUCCAACGUCCAUAGUUUCUCUUUGGCAAACGUAUGACUCACUUCCCAUCCCUUAUUGUCCCCAUUUGGGUCCCUUUUCCAUCCUAAUUCUUAGGCCUCUUGAGAGUAAAGUCCAUGUCUUUCUAAUAUUUGUAUCCUUGGCAAGGAGUCUCGCCUGCAUGGAAUAUGUCCUCAAUAAAAGUCUGUGUUGAAUUGA